UUUUCUUAAAUUCUAUUGGAUUGAAAAUUUUGGUAAACUCGAGGAAAGAAAUGGAAUAGUGAAGGCUGUGAUAGCAGAAAUCCGUUUCCGAGUAGCAAAUGGAAGAAUGAUGCAUCUCCUCCGGCGACCCAUCUCCCGAAUUCUCCAUCUUUGUGUUUCCUUCCAUGAAUUCGCGCCCUCUAAAAGCCGCCCAAUCCCCUCUCCCGACCUCCUCCGCCACAAAGACUGGCUGAGCCCGCCGGAAGUAAUCAGGAUCUUCCAAACCCUGAAAGACCCCAAUUCGGCCCUCCCUCUCCUCGCCCAGCUCUCCACCCGCAAGGACUACAACCCCAAUGAAUCCCUCUACGCCACCAUCAUCCACAAGCUCGCCCUCGCCAACAACUUCGAUUCCAUCGAGGCGCUGAUGCAGCAAAUCAAGGCCGACCGCAAAUGCCGCCUCUCCGACGCCUUCUUCCGCAACCUCAUCAAGAUCUACGGCCACUCCGCCGGGCGGAUCAACGCUGCUGUCGAGACCCUCUUCGCCAUGCCGGACUACAAGUGCUGGCCCAGCGUCGCCACUUUCAACACCGUGCUCAAUCUGCUGGUCACCACGAAGCAGUUCGAGGUGGUGCACGAGGUGUACGUGGGGGCCGCCAAGCUGGGCGUGGAGAUCGACGCCUGCUGCCUCAACAUAAUUAUAAAAGGCCUGUGCGAGAGCGGCCAGAUUGAGGCCGCACUCAAGGUGCUCGACGAAUUUCCCCAACAGAGAUGCAGCCCCACCGCGCGGACCUUCUCCACCAUAAUGCACGCGCUGUGCGGGCGGGGGCGCGUGGAGGACUCGUUCGGGCUGCUGGAGAGGAUGGAGGCGGAGGGGGUGGAGGCGGACGCGGUGGUGUUCAACGUGUUGAUCUCCGGGUUGAGGAAGCGAGGGAGGGCGGCAGAAGGGGUGGAGCUCUUGCAGAAGAUGAUGCGCAGAGGGUGUGAUCCGAAUCCGGGGACGUAUCAGGAGGUGUUGUAUUGCUUGCUGGAUUCCAACAAGUAUAGUGAGGCCAAGAAGAUGAUGGAGAAGAUGAUGGGAAAGGGUAUAAAUCCGAGCUUCCAAUCGUACAAGCUGGUGAUACAAGGGUUUUGUGGGGACAAGGGUGUUGAAGAUGUGGAGUGGGCGUUGAGGCACAUGCUAGCCCAUGGAUUUCUGCCCAAGAUGGGAAUGUGGAACACAAUGCUGCACUGCCUUCUCUCCCACAAUCAUUCUAAUUCUCUUUUCUCUCAAAUUAUCCAAAACUAGGCUUCACUUUUUAAAGGUUUUCUGUAUUUUAUGAUAUGUUGAUCACUUCAUUUAGAUAAAAUAGGCAAAUUGAGAAAUCUGAACUCAGUCAAUAUGCAACUUUGCUAGAUGCCAGUUGAUAUGUACUCACAAUUAUAUUAUAUCAAGCAUGAUAAGAGUUGCAAUACAGAAUAAAAUACAAGAAUUUACACAA